AUGUCCGGAGGUGCGAGAACGAGAGCGCAGAAAAGACGGAUUGGGGAGCGAGACGUGUGGGAUUUGAUCGUGAAUAACGACGAUAUAAGUUUCAAACACAUUCUUCCGAGAUUGAAUGCGACCGAUGUGAAAUUCUUGUACGAAGUGAAUACAGAGACGAGAAAGUUGGUGAAGAGAUCAUCUCGCACGUGGGAGUUGAAAGAGAGGUUUAAAGUGAGAGAGAUGUCGUCGAUAUCGACUUUGGAAGUAGCGUGGGAGAAUAAAUCGUUGUGGCCGAGAGACUGGAUAGAUGAAGAAAGAGAUUUCUGCUACGAAGUUGCUGAAACGAAUAAACUCGAGUUGCUCAAGUGGGCGCGAGAGGAGAAAAAGUGUGAUUGGGGUGCAGGGACGAUUAGUUCGGCCGCAGAACAAGGUAAUCUGGAAAUGGUAAAGUAUUGCGUUGCAAAUGAGCAUCCUAUCGAUGAGGAGGCGUGUGCAUAUGCUGCCGAAAACGGUCAUCUCGAGGUACUCAAAUACUUACGCGAAGAAGUCAAAGCGCCUUGGUAUUCGAAUACUGCCAAUUGGGCGGCUUUAAAUGGUCAUCUUCACAUACUCGAAUACCUUGUUGAGCGUGAGUAUGAUCAAUAUUACGAAUUUGCGUGUCGAAAUGCAGCCAUGAACGGCCACUUGGACUGUUUGCAGUACUUACACGAAACCGCCAAAGCGCCUUGGGACUCUCGCGCCGUACGCUCCGCGCACGAGAACAACCACCCCGACUGUGUACAAUACCUUCUCGACAACGACUGUCCGUUACCAGACUAUUGGCGAUACGAACAAGGAACUUUAUAUCUAGGGUUUAGAUAA